GGAGGGCGCAAGGAGGGGCUUCGCCUUAUGCAGUAGGCUACGUGUGCUUCACUGCAGUUUAGCUUGGGGUUAGUGAGCGACUACUACAACUGGAGUCAGUAUCAUGGUGCUGCUUGAAAAUGAUUCGUUUCUCACGGAGCUCACACGGCUCUUUCAGAAGUGCAGAACAUCAGGCAGUGUUGUCAUCACACUAAAGAAGUAUGAUGGUAGAACCAAACCGGUGCCCAGAAAGGGCCACACGGAGUCUUUUGAACCCGCAGACAACAAAUGUCUCCUCAGAGCAUCUGAUGGCAAGAAGAAAAUUAGCACAGUGGUCAGCACCAAAGAAGUAAUCAAGUUUCAGAUGGCGUACUCUAACCUGCUCAGAGCUCAUAUGGAUGGACUUAAGAAGAAAGACAAGAAAAGCAAAAGCAAGAAAACCAAAGCCACCCAAUGAGCAAGAGACUCUUUAAGACCACCUUGGGUACCUAAACUGGCUUGUAUUAUCUGAGGGGAAUGGGAGAGGGCUCCAUGUGAUCUGCAGCCCCAGUCUGAUUUCUUCCCAUUUAUUUGAGGCCUCAAGAGCCCACCCGGUGACUGCUUUGAUAUUUUGCCAAUGUUUGCAUGGUAACGUCUCAUCCCUGACUGUUCAGUGCCAUUUGGAACAGAAAGCUGAGGAUUUCUCAUUCAGUAUAAAGCAAGCCAGCUUUUCUGCUUCGGGACCAGGAUCUCAACAGCUACGCUGCCUCUGGAGCCUAAUCCAUGGAGCCCAGUGAUUAACAGCCCUUCACUCUAUUUAAUUGUUAGUUUAUUUAUGUUACCAGCUAAAAAUCAGAGUUGUGUUGGCACAUUCUAAUUCCACUGUCUUUAGAAGCAUGUUGCAUUUUUCUUUUUUCAUUAAAUUUCAGUCUGAGUUCACACAGAACUAAUUUUUUUUUUUUUUUUUGGAGGGGGGGCAAAUUUCACUGUACUGUAUUUAAUUUUUUUUUAUUAUGUCUUUACAGGCAUAAUUAAUAUAGUAAGCCUCUUGUUUUUACAUACCCCUGUUAAACUGGCUGUCUUAAAUAUUUAAACACCAAUAUGUACUUUACAGCAUCAGUUAAUAUUCUCAGUGAUGUCAUGAUUUAGUUUAGUAGUGCAAAAAAAAAAGCUGCAGAUUUAUUGAAUUGCAUGUUUUAGUUAUGAAUACAGAGAGGGGUAUUGGCUGUAAUUCAGAUGCCAGUAUAUUUUUUUUUUAAUCACUAUUACAAAGCAGCUUUGACUGCAGCCAGAAUAUUUUUUUCUACCCAUUUGUGUUUGUCCUAUUGUGAUACCCGAGUCCUGCUCUCACAGCAGAGGACGGCAAGCA